AUGGCGUACAACAUUACACACGACAAUAAUCUUAUCGCAAUGGCUUUCGGACCUGGGCUACAGAAUCCCCCUGCAUUUAGCAUAGGAAUAGACGUCAUGAAGGUCAGAAUACCGGGUCGAGAGUCCCUUGAGUCCUUUAUCACGACCAUGGGCGAACAAGUAGGGCCCAGUCGGCAUUUGUGGGACAAGUCGCUGAUACAUGUCCAGCUAACCCAACGCGAACACAGUCAGUUGAGAUCCACAGUACCCGACUCGGAGCGAAUCAAGGUGUUCUUCUGGAUGUGGACACUAAAGGAAGCAUACACCAAAGCUCUCGGGCUUGGCCUAGGGUUUGAUUUCAAAAGGGUAGAGUUUGACAUGUCGAAUCGGGUUGUGCGAAUCGAUGGGGCCGAACCAAUGGGAUGGCGAUUCAGGAUGUUCACCCUUAUGGAUGGAGAAGAUCUUUACGAAGGAGUAAUUGCUGAAUACUUGGGAGGUGGUACUCACACGGAGGUGAUCGUCGAAACCGAGCAACCCAAUUGGCUCAAGAUAUACAGCGCAGUCACGUUCACUGAAAACGCUAUAGAGACAUUGAAAGCAGAGUAG